AGAACAUACAAAAAAACAUAUUCUAAAGAAAAACUUUAUACAUGCUUGACAUGUAAAGUAGAAUUUCAUGAUUUAAAAUUGUUUAGACAUCAUUAUAACUGCGAAUGGCACAGGUACAAUAUGAAUGCAAAGGUGGCUGGCUUACCUUAUGUCACUCUUGACGAAUAUUUAAAAAAGGAAGCAAUUUAUACUGAAAAUAAUAAUCAGAUUAAAAAAGAGCAAUUUUGUCAUACCUGCCGAAAGAAGUUUCAUAGUCCGCAACAGUUUGACAAUCAUAUUGUUUCGAAAGUUCACAAAAUAAAAUUAAACCAAAUAAUUGAGAAGUCAAACUUUCUGGCUUUGAAGCAAAAAAUUGAAAUAGAUUCAGACGUGGAAUCAGUGAGUUCAGAUGAGUGGAAUGAAGACAUGAUAUGUGAAAUUGAAAAAGAUUAUUGUCUGUUUUGUAAUGUACGUAGCAAAUCCACAAUAGGCAACAUAGAACACAUGAUAAAGACACACUCAUUCUUUAUACCUGAUAUUGAAUAUUGCACGGAUUUAAAUGGACUACUGGAAUAUUUAGAACAAAAAAUAUGUUCGGACUUCAAAUGCAUUUGGUGUAACGACUCAGGGAGAAAAAUGCGAAGCGCACAAGCAGUAAGAAUGCAUAUGGUCGACAAAGGCCACUGUAAAAUGUUAUUCGAAGGAGAUACGAUAUUCGAGUAUUCGCCUUUCUAUGAUUAUUCAUCCAGCUAUCCGGAUGCUGAAGAUGCCAAUCCAGACGAGGAGUUGCCACAAAUACCAAAAAAAACUGUUUUAAACGAUGAAGGCUAUGUGAUGAAGUUACCAUCUGGCAGGAAAAUUGUACACCGUAGUUUGGCACUUUAUUAUAAACAGAAUGUACCUGUGGGAACCGAAGUGACGAAGAAAAACUACAAUUAUUGGUUACGAAAGCGUCUGUUUAAAGAAAUAUCGUUUGGUAGCACGGAAAAAAAAAUAGAAGCUAAUAAGAAGACAUUGCAAGCUAUUCGGUAUUUACGAGACAUCCAGGCAAACUACUCAACGAAACUGCAGUUCAAGCAAAAUAAAUUGCAAAAAUAUUUCAGAAAACAAACGAAUUUUUAACCUAGUGACUAAUAUUAUUAUUAAUUUUUAACCCUUUCACUAUCGCCUCGACUUCACACGAAUGCAAUCAUAUAAGUAUGGCUAUACAGCAACUGUGCUAGCAAUUCUUCUGUGUAUAUAUUUUAAAUAAGAUAAUAUAUUGACAAAUAUAUAAAUUAUAUAUCAUGUAGUAAAUAAGCAAUUAUUUUUUUACUUCUGUAUUUUUUUAUGAAGCUGAAUAAUAACUUAUUUUUGUAUACUAUUGUUGUUUGAUCAUCGUGAUAGUAUCAAAAUGUAAACGCUAGAUAUUAAGUAGAUAGUCACUCAUAGUACACAGUAAUCAUUAUAUAGCGAAAGGGUUAAAUAUAUAUAAAUCUUGUAUAAAGUAAAAAUAUAUUUUAUAAUUUAUACAAAUUAUAUGAUGUGAUAUAAUUAUAAAAUAUAAGAUAAAAAGUUGAUUGUUACCAUAGUACUGAUAUAUCUUAUUACAUUGUUCAUAUAAUAUAUAUAAUAAAGCGCAAUUUAAAUAAAUUAAUCAUUCAUAUAAAUAAUUCAUCUACGAUUUUAACUUAACGUCAAAUUUAAACCGCAUUAGACACUGCGUUAUUUAAAUUACUACGAAAUCGAAAUUUAUUAUUUUUCUUUAAAACAUACAUUAUCACGCAAUACAAAUCAUUAUAAAUCACAUUAUAUUUGGACGUCCUUACAAAAUAAUUUGUGUAUAUUUUAUAAUAUACUCUUUUGUAACACGUUUCACCGACAAAAAUAUCUUCUUCUUGAAUAACUUUUUUUUUUAGCUUACGUGGACCCGUUUAUUAUAUAGCAACACUUCUGUAUCACGAUCGAAAUCGCCGCUUUCAAUAGAACGUAAUAAUUAUAUAAAUAUAUAUUUAAGUUAGAAGAUAAUUUUCACGCAUUAUCGCAAUUCGCUGAUGUUCGCAUGAGAGA